AUGAAUAACAGAACAGACGGCAACUGCAGUGCCCCACCAGCAGAGUAUCAGUACUAUCUUUUCCCAGCAGUCUACAUCCCCGCUUUAAUCAUCGGUCUUCCGGGAAAUCUGGCAGCCCUCUUCGUCUUCACCUUCAGGGUCACUCCUCGCACAGCCUUCAGCAUCUACAUCAGCAACCUGGCCCUGGCAGAUGUCAUCAUCCUCUGCACGCUACCGUUUCGGAUCCACUACCACCUCAACAGCAACAACUGGGUGUUCGGGGACGUCGCCUGCCGGGUCACUGGGAUUCUUUUCUUUGCCAACAUCUACAUGAGCAUCUGCUUCAUGACUUGUAUCUGUGUGGAUCGCUACAUGGCCACAGUGUAUCCACAUACUUACCUGAGGCUGCGGAGCGCCCGGUGCUCUCUGAUUGUGAGUGUGAUGCUCUGGUUCAUCGCCGGAGUGGCCAUUCUGGUCUUCAUCGUCAUGGGACCUCUGGAGAGCAACGCGGACGACUCUGCGGGCCACAGCUGCUUCGAGAACUUCGCCAAAAAAGAGUGGGACACACGUCUGAGGCCGUACAGCGUGUUGGUACUGAUCUUCGGCUCCCUGGUGCCCUCUUUGAUAAUCCUGGUGUGCUACCCGCUGGCCGCGAGGCGCAUUGCCAUGAUCGGGACUAAAACAGCACAAAAAGCAGUGAGGGUCAUUUACACCAUCCUGGCCAUCACACUGCUCUGCUUUCUGCCCAACCACGUAGUCUACCUGCUGCACCUCCUUCGACGGUUGGAGAUCAUAGAGAGCUGCUCCGCUGCCAACGCCAUCUACGACGCCCGGCGGGCCACCAUGGCGCUCGUUGUCCUCAACACAUGUCUGGACCCCGUGCUGUACUACAUCACCACCAGCCACUUCAAAUGGAAGCGAUUAAAGAUGACAUGGCUGUGGGGAUGGGUGACCAGGAACAGGGGUGUCUAUAUCAUUACAGUGAACUGA